UCCUGUCUACCAUGAGAAAAGCUUUCUUAAACUAAAGCCACAUCCUCAUGCACGUCUCAUUCUACGCAUGCUGGAUUAAGUGCAGUCUUACUGGAGUGCUGGGAAAGGAUGAUUUUUGUGUUUUUGUUGAUUUUACUGGUGGCAGGAAGGGUUUCUCCUCUGGGUUUGAUAGAGCAGCCUCCAGUGCUGUGCUACCAGGAGGGAGUACCAUGUAAUUUUACAUUCUGUGGGCAGAACUGUUCAGAUAAAGGGUGGGUGAAGCCGAGGAAGGUCAGCCCGGGGUUACCCGGGGUGAAGGUGGAGGUGUCAUCCAGGGCAGAUCAGAGUGCAGAAAAAGUUCCUGUCCUAAUUCUCACAUUCACUCUGCCUACUGAUGGAAGCAUUUACACGCUGCAGGGGACUGAGGUGCAUGUGCUUGAAGUUGCCACCAACAGCAGUCUGUGUGUUCGCUACAUCUUUAAUGAGAAAUUUAAAACGGUUGCAACACCGGAUAAGAAGCCAUGGUCAUUUACUCUAGACCGCAUCAUGGUCCAACCAGGGUUGAAAUAUCAAGUUUCUGUGUCUAAUUUGCCAAAGCCAGAUGUGGGGAGACACGCAGAAGUGCGGCAUAUCACAGUUGUGGGUUGUAAAGAUCCUACAAUGGGAAGACUUAAAGUAUGCUUGGAGAACGGAAGCCUCUGGGACCCCAACCUCACCUGGUCAGUUUCAGACAAUAACUUUAAUGGAAAGGAGAUUGCAGUGACCUUUAAUACAGGACAGUUCUCUGAGCGAUACAGAGUGGGCCUUCACCUUCCUAAUUUUCACCCUGACCACAUGGUUUUAAAGGACAAUCGUUCUUCAAUCAAUGUGACUUUUCAUUUGGACGCUAUGCAGAUAAAGCACUGUGAAUUUGUUGUUGUGAUUAAACCAUUCUUUGUCAGGUGCAUGAAUAACUGUUUAGAAUACCAGCAGAAGGUUCAAAUCUGCUCAGGCUCUACCAACAACAUAUAUUACAUGCUUUGGACUGUUUUUGGCCUGGUGGGACUGAUAUUAUGUGCCUACAAGGCUCAUAAGGAGUUUCACAGCAACUCAAAAGACGAUUCAUAUAUGUCUUCUAAUGACACCACUGACAUGGAAGAGGAGAAAAUCCAUUCUAUACAAAGGCCAAGUAAAGUCCUUAUUAUCUACUCUCUGGACCAUCUUUUGUACAAAGAGAUUGUCCUCAAGCUGUGUGCCUUCCUAAGGGCAAGGUGCGGCACUGACGUCAUGCUGGACCUGCUGGACUUCACCCAGUUGAGUACUAUAGGCAGCAUCCAGUGGCUGGAGAUGCAGAGGGACAGAAUGUCGGGGUCUUCAGAUAAAGUACUGAUAUUAUGUUCUCCAGGUGUGUUCGCCAAAUGGAGGGCUAUGUGUGGUGGUAACAAGGUGAUGACCAGGGAGGACAUCCAGUCGCCUAUGGGAGAUAUGCUCACUCCAGCCUUAAGCCUCAUCAUACCGGACUUUGUGCAUGCUUCGUCUUAUCAAAAGUACAUUGUGGCUUACUUUGAUGAUAUCUGCAGUGAGACGGAUAUACCUGCUCCGUUAAACGUGGCAGUGAAGUACCAGCUCAUGAAGCACUUUGAGGAGCUCUUCUUCAGGCUAGUCGACAAAGAGAAGCAUGAGCCUGGAAGUAUUAAACAGGUCGAAGGCAUUGGAGGAGAUGAUUACUUCAACUCACUGCAAGGAAUAGCCUUAAAAAAUGCCAUUGAGGCAUUCCAAGCUUACCAGCUAGCAAACCCCAACUGGUUUGAAAUGGAGCUUGUAGACACAGACGUAGAAAUUGAGCCACGUGGACAUAAACCGGAUGAAAGUGCAGAUGUUGCCUGUAACUGUGUUCUUCAGAACCAGCUAUGGGUCAUGGAUGGUAUAGAUCCUGUACUUAUCAACAAUCUUGAAGGUCAGACAGAUAAAUGGGAAAAUGGACUCACAGAAAUUACAAACUUUUUUGACGAAGGGUAUUAUGCCUCCUGUGUUGAAUUUAAACCCUGUAACAAAGCUCUGCAACAAGACAAUGAUCCCAAGGGCAAAGCUUUGUUAAAGAACAAGGCAUGGACAUUUCUGGAGUUGCCUUCUCAGUCUCAAGCUGUAAAUCCCACUCGGAUUUAAAGAAAGCCAUCACAGCACAGAAGGUUGUUCGGACUAACUGACAAUUUAGAGAAAAUCAAGGCAAAGGUAUUCUCCAACAAUUGAGGGUAAAUUUAACUAAUGUGCAAAUUCACAUUUAAUGUAUCAACUGAACUCAAACAUUUGAAUUAUUUAAUAAAUAAUGUUUAUUUGUUUACUGGGA